AACACCGAUCUCCACUCCCACGUCACACGCCACGCUUCCGCCCCCAAAUCGGCAAACCCUCGCCGCCGCCGACGAUGGCCGGGCGGCCGCCGUUCACCAACAUGGACCGGGAUACGGCGGCAGCCUUGCGGCGCAGCGGCUUCAACCCGCGCAAACUGGACGGAGCCGCGGAGCAGCUGUGUACAUACAUCUACACCGAGCUCCUCCCCGCGCCGCCCGUCUCCGGAGCCCCCGUCCGCGGCCUCGUCAUCACCGACGCCGCGCACGACCCCGCCCUCCCCGCCGCCGACGGCGUAGACCGCCUCAGCGCCCUCCCCGACACCCUCCUGCGCCACAUCCUCUCCCGCCUCGCCGUCACGGACGCCGCGCGCACCGCCGCGCUCGCCUCGCGCUGGCGCAGGCUCUGGCUCUCCGCGGAGCCGGUCCUGGUGGACACAUUCCUCCGGCCCGACGACUACCUCUGGCCGCCCACCCCCGCCAACACGCCGGCCAUCACCGCCGCCGUCUCCGGCAUCCUCGAGGCGCACCUGGGGCCCUUCCGCUGCGUGCACCUCACCUGCAGCCACAUGGGCGCGCACCGGGCCCAGCUCGCGCGCUGGCUGCAGCUCCUCGCCGCCAAGGGCGUCCAGGAGCUGGUGCUCGUCAACCGGCCGUGGCCGUUCGACGUGCCCCUCCCGGACACGCUCUUCGGCAUCAGCACGCUCGUCCGCCUCUACAUCGGCCUCUGGAAGCUCCCGGACACAGCCGGCCUGCGCGGCGCCUCCUUCCCCCACCUCCGGGAGCUCGGCAUCUGCACCGUGGUGAUGGAGCAGGGGGACGUCGACUCCAUCGUCGCCCGCUGCCCCGUCCUGGAGAUCCUCAACAUCCAGGGAUGCCACAUGGGGCUCCGCCUACGCCUCGUCAGCCAGAGCCUACGCUGCGUGCAAGUCUGCAGCUCAGUUGUGGAGAGCAUCAUGGUGGUGAAGGCUCCAUGCCUCGAGCGGCUCGUCCUGGAGGGAUGCCGGCACACGGCUGCUGGCCUAUCUACCAGGGUCAGCAUUGCUGAUGCCCCAAAGCUUCAUUCGAUUGGAUCCUUGGAGCCAGGAAAUCAUGUGUUGGAGAUCGGAGGCACUAUCAUAAUGUUUCAGGCUGGGGUAAAGGUGAGCAGAAGCAGCAUUCUCACAAGCAUCAGGACCCUCAGCUUACAUGUACGUUUCGCGGUCCCCAGUGAGGCAAAUAUGGUUUCAACAUAUCUCCAAUUCUGCCCAAACGUCGUGCGACUGCAUAUCACGUCCAGAAAAUGUAGUCAGCACACUGGUAAUCUAAUGCUCAAUUGCAAGUUGGGUCCCACUGAUAGUGCCAUGUCGCGCAUCAAAGUAAUGUAUUUCCGUGAAUUCCGAGGGGAGCAAAGCGAGAUUGCCUUCCUCAAGCUCUUCUAUAAGAGCGCGAAGGUGUUGGAGGCUGCAGUGGUAAUCAUGGCGGACCCAUGCUUCACACCGUUUCGGGAAGAUGUAGCGUUUUCCAAAGUGUGGCAAGCUUCUGAAGUCAGUAGGUGCCAACUCAUCAGUGUUCAUCUGGGUACAGGUCCUGAAGGAGGCAAGGCGUGGAGUUUAAAAAAUGAGAGUUAUUUUCCAUCCGAGGAACUUCUCCCAGUGAAGAUCAUCAGCCUAGGGCAGUAGAAGUUUCUUGGGAUGUGCUGAACUAUGAUCAUGUGUGGUAUCUGCAAUCUGCUUCACUUGCUAGCCGCCCCUCAAAUUUGUGACCUGAUAUCUGGUGGAAUCAGACAUACCAUGAAUCGGUAUUUUUGCUUGCUGUGAACUCUGUGAUAUCUUUGCACAAUAUGGUCUUGCCAUGCAUUGCAGUGAUCACAUAUCUAUCUAUCUAUCUUUGAACUGCAUGAACAGUGACUUUAAUACAAGCCCUGCCAUUCCUUUUCA